AUGGAUCCAUCCAAGGACAACAGCUCCAUCACCACACAUGUGCUGAACACGGCAGAUGGGGUCCCGGCCACACGCAUGCCACUCAGUCUACACAGGCUGGACACACAGAUGAUGCUCUGGAACCUUCUGGAAGUAGGAACAACGAAUGAAGAGGGCCGAUGUGCUUUGCUGAUCAGUGGCGAAAGCCUGUCCCUGGGCAUGUACAAACUACGUUUUGAGACUGGACAGUACUGGGAGAACUUGGGCCAGACCUGCUUCUAUCCCUAUGUUGAGUGUGUCUUCACCAUAACAAGCCUUGAACAGCAUGUGCACCUUCCUCUGCUUCUGAGUCGAGUCUCCUACAGCACCUACAAAGGCAGCUAG